AUGGUUGCCGAUGUUGAUGAGAUCGACACCGAUGACGAUGAUGACGACGAUGCUGGUAUGUUCAGCAUCGCUAGCGACUGCCAAAGUAAGGACGAUGGCACCCUCACUGGUGAAGACAACGUUCUUUCAGCAGUGCACACGAAGCGCACUGCUGUUGACAAGGAUGAAUCAGCAGAGGAAUUUCUGCUGACUCGCGAAGCGGUUGUCCGCUUCGUUCAAGUUCAAAAUGCAGAUGCACUAGACAGACAGAAAAGAACGCAGACAAACAUGGAAGAGCAAAUGCUCUUUCAUAUAAUGCAGGAGACCGUUAUUUAA